UAUCCUCCCAAAACAUAUCCAAAACCAUAAACACAAAAAGCUCUUGAAAGUAAUCUACUAUGUCAACAAUGACGCUUUUGAGAGUUGUUACAGCCACAUUUCUUCUGGUCUCUCUCGUUGUCAUCAAUUCAGCAGCAUUCGCAGCACCCUUAGGGUUCAUCAAGCAACUGGAGGGCGUCCGCAAAGGCCAAUCCAUUGAAGGGCUUCGUGACGUGAAACAGUACCUCCAGAAAUUUGGAUACUACCUCAACGAUCACAAGGACACCAACCCCAACGUAGCCACGACGCACCAAAACGACGACGAAGGAUUCGAUGAGCUCCUGGAGGCCGCAAUCAAGCGAUAUCAACGAACUCAUCGCAUCCCCGUCUCAGGAUCCUUGGACCGCGCCACGACGGCCCAAUUGAUUAUCCCUAGGUGCGGCGUUUCAGACCAUGAUCUUGUUAUGACCCUGAAUUAUUAUGGGGACCAAAAGGAUUACAGAUUCUUCCGUGGCAAACCCAAGUGGAACAAGAACAACCUUCGAUAUAAGUUAGUUGUUUCAUUUGACAUAAUGAAUAUUGAGUGAGAAAAUUUUAAUAUCAAUUUUGGUCACUCGAAUUACUGAUACAGUGAUAGAUCCCAGAAAGGAAGAAGGGAGUUGAGAGUCAGAAUUAGGGAUCGAGAAGAAGAAUUUAGGGUUUGAGAGAAUUGAGGAAGAACUGGAGAAAGAUAGAUUUAG